CUCACGAGCGCGCCUCAUCUGCCGGCCGCGCGCGCAUCAGUCAUGCCUCAUCCAUCGCGCGCCUCUCUUGCGUCGGAGGGUGAAAGAGGAAUUUAGUCCGUUAUUCUUUAAUUAUCUCAUCCGCUCCCACCGUCGCUUCCUUCGGCGCCCAUUUCCAGAGAGAAACCGACUUUUUUUUUUUUUUUUUUUUUAGAUUAAACAAACCAAAACGGCAUUUUUUUUUUGGACAAUUUUUUUUCUUAUUUUUUUUUCAACCCCUCGUGAAUGAAACAAAAAGAGGGGCAAGACGAGGAGUAACUGGCUCCAGCUGCUGUGCUGUGGUGUGUUUCCUUUAUCUUUGUAGGUCGUUGCCUCAACUUGACGCUGUCGACACUCCCGUCACCGUCUACAGCUUGAGGAUUUAAAUGCCGGGAAGCCACUUAAAUGGACUUGGAACUGACGAGACCAGGCGGGCUCAUUUUAUUCCCGUGGAAAAAAAAAUAAUAAAAUAAGAAUAAUGAGCCGCUAGGAGCCUGAACAUCCCGUGAAGAGAGAAAAAAGAAGGUUUAUGCAUGUAAAAGAACUGGCUCAGCUCUGCCAUCCCUCUCCUCUCACGCCCCACUGUGUUGCUCCACAGCCACAACAUUUGCCUGCCUUACUCAACCCAUGGAGAGUAUACGGCCACCCAGAUAGGAUGCCUGCCUCGCCCGACGCGCUGCACCCCCUCCUGCCCGUUGCCACCACCUCCUUCUCCUUACGUGCACCUGCUCUUGCCGACGGCUCCUCCCGGCCCUCCAGGCUGAGCCCUGCCCCGCACCAACAUGGUGGAUGAGAUGACCACCAUGAAGGAUGACGUCAUCAAUGCCAACACGCUGGCUUGGCUGGUCUGCUCGGGCGUGUCCAUCCUGGCCAACACAUGGAGCAUCCUCAGCGUCAGCGCCAAGCAGAAAAAGUGGAAACCGCUGGAGUUCCUCAUCUGCACCCUCGCAGGGACACACAUUCUCAACAUGGCUAUCCCCAUCACCAUGUACUGCGUCGUAACGCUGCGGCGGCAGCACUCCAACUACGAGUGGAACGAGGGUCUGUGCAAAGUGUUUGUGUCUACGUUUUACACGCUAACCCUGGUCACCUGCUUCUCUGUCACCUCGCUCUCCUAUCACCGCAUGUGGAUGGUGCGCUGGCCUGUGAACUACAGGUUGAGUAACACCAAGAAGCAGGCAGUUCACACGGUGAUGGGCAUCUGGAUGGUGUCCUUCAUCCUGUCCACGCUCCCAGCAGUGGGCUGGCACGACACCAUCGAUCGUUUCUACACCUCUGACUGCAGAUUCAUUGUGACAGAGAUCGGCCUGGGCUUCGGCGUGUGCUUUCUGCUGCUGAUCGGCGGCAGCGUGGCCAUGGGUGUGAUCUGCAUCGGCAUCGCUCUCUUCCAGACCUUCUCCAUUCAGGCAGGCCAUAACGCUGACAAGAACAAGUUCAACGUGCCCACCAUAGUGGUGGAGGACGCUCAGGGGAAGCGCAGAUCGUCCAUCGACGGAUCGGAGCCUCUCAAGACUUCCCUGCAGAUCACUUACCUGAUCAGUGGCAUCGUCUUCAUCUAUGACUUCCUGACUGGCUUUCCCAUCCUGGUGGUGAGCUUUGCCAGUCUGAAGUUUGACCGCUCCUACAACUGGAUGGUGCUCUGUGUGCUGUGGUGCUCCAUCGCUCAGUCCAUCCUGCUGCCCAUGUUCCUUUGGGCUUGUGACCGUUACCGGGCCGACAUCCGUAUGGUGUGGGAGAAGUGCGUCGCCAUCAUGUCCAAUGAUGAAGUGGAUGAGGAAAACAGCCAAGAUGGAGGAAUUCAUGCCGACUUAAUAUAUGACAGACCAUAUGACUAUAGCUCGGCGCCUGAAAUCGUGAUGAUAGACCGUAAUGCCAAGUUUGAGUUCUCAACCUUAGAAAGGGGGGUUCUGCAAGGGUAUCCAUUGAGGGAACAUCAGGAAGAUAAAAUGCAGUAUUUGCAGGUGCCCCCUACAAGAAGAUACUCCCACGACGACACAGACAUGUGGACCAGCGACCAGAUCCCCUCAUACCUGCACCGAUGGGGCUCCACCGAGGACGUGAUAGUGACUGCCCACUACAGCUCCACCUUGCCGCGCCGCGAGAGGCGCAGGAGCAGCCUGGUCUCCUACCACGAGGAGAGCCACUAUCAUCACCACCCUCACCGCAAGCGGCGGCGAUCUGAGGACAGCAUGCAUUCCCUCAAGCACCUGCCCCGCAUCGUGUGCGGCGGGGAGCGCUACGAGGAUGAGCUGCGGUGCUUCAGCCGAGACGAGGUGAUCAACUUUAUAGACGAGACUCCCGUGCCGAGCCCCAGGAAGAGCCCGCGCCGGGCCUCCGCCAUCUCCCUCAUCCCCAACGUGUAUGAACAGCACGCUGUCGUUCUGCCCCACUUUCCACUCACAGACUUCGAGCGGGAGCCUCAGGUGCUCAGGCGACCCUCGGAGGACAGGAGGAGCAGCAGCAGGGGCAGCUCACCGGAGGGUUCGCCCAAACCCGACAGGUCGCCCGGUAAGAUGAGCCAUGGGGCCUGUGGCUCAGGGAAAGGCUGCAGUAAAAGCCAGCGUGACGGGAGACAGCAGGACGGAGCGGGCUCGCCCGGACGCAGGGAGAGGACUGCAGGGCACUCUGGCAGUAGGCCCAGGACAGGUGGGGGUGCCAGAUCCAGCACUGGAGCGGACUGGGUGAAACAGAAGCACCUCAGCAAGGCUGAGAGCAGAGGCUGCACGAACAGUUUUGUAAGCACACCCUCAGCAUCGUCCUCGGGAUACAUCACCUUUCACUCUGAUUCUGUUGGCUCCACCACCUGAAGGCAAAGCCCCCAUGUUGAUAUAAAUACUAGGACCUAAUAUCUAAUUGGAAUAAGAUCUGUGGGUUCAGAAAAGUGCCAUGCUGGAACAUAUCAACCUUUUUACUUGUGCCACUUUCAGUUUUAUUACCCACCAGAGAUGAACAUCCGCUGACCCUAGAUGGCCUUAGGACCUAUUUUCUGACUGGGCCUUGAUUUCCUGUGUGGCUGGUGACAAUAUUAGUCAGUCCAGCUAUUUAUCUGUCACAACACAAAAUCUCCAUUGAGGAGCACUUUUCUGCUAGCACUGACACAAAGGAACUAUUUUUAAUUGUGUGAUCAUUCCUGAACCUUGUUUUUGCUGUUUGGUUCUAAUAGGAGGAUGAAACAUUUCCAUGUGCAUUGGUGAGGAUGUUUUUUUUUUUAUCGACUCCUUUGUUUUCCUUUAAAACCUUGAACUUGAGUUGGGUUUUAUUUGGUCUGUAAUAACUGUGUGCUUUUGUUGUGUGGUAUGAACACAGGCUUCCCUGAAAACAGCACAUUUUCCUUUAGCUAUACUUAAGCGCAAGAAUCAUUUAGAAUCAAUUUUUGUUUUUGAAUUUGCAUUCAUGACAUACAACUUUUUAUUAAACAGUUUCUCUCAUAUAAUGGAAAAUGAGUUUUAAUCCCACACAAAGAGUUGCCCAGUAACGGAUUCUGUGAACUAUUGAGAACGUGAAGACCCUUCCUUUCUAAUAUAUAUAUAUAAAAAGUUAUUUUUUUUAAUAGUAUACAGAUGUUAUGUAUAUAUGAAAAAUAUUGGAUAUUUAUGUUUUGGGGAUUUCUGUUUGCGUAAUACAAUUCCUCUGAAAGGUUUAGCUUACUUGCCUUUGGUGAUAAUGAGGCACAAAUGUAGCUCAUAACAUAACAAACAGCUUUUAAGACUUAAUAUGCAAAUUGUGUUUUAUACUCUCCCUGCUGAUCCUCAAAACCCUGACUUCACACUUUGUUUUCAUUCAGAUGCACUAUAAUUUUAGCCUAUUUACUUAAAUCAACAAAAUAAAAAGCACAAAUUAGGAACCUUAAACUGGAGCUAGAUUUCUACAAUAAGUCACCUCCUUCAGCAAAAGCAUGAUUUACUUUAUUUCCUAAAAGAAAUGUGAGUAUGAAUGAACCUACUACAAAAGGUUUUGUCUAUCUGAUGUAUGUUUUUCUUAAUUCCCCUGUUUGAACUCUACACAAUAAAUUGAAGAUUAAACCUAAAUAUCCCUUAAUAAUCCUUUAGAGAGAUGUGUCAUGCCCUUGGAGAUUUCUCACAUUUUAUCUUGUUACAACCACAAACCUCUGUGUAUCUUAUUACUUUAUAAUAAAUCAAUACGAAGGAUUUACAAGGUGGAACGAAAAUAUACAUUGCUUUCAUUUUGUAUAUAGUGUCCCUGACUCCAUACUUUGUAGAACUACUGGUGGCUGUGACUGUAGUUACAGCUGCAGGUCUGCAGAGAUGUGACCCUAUGGUGCAUCUAUAGACAUAAAUCUCUGCCCAUUCAGAUUGGAUCAGAUUGGACAGAGAGCGUCAGUGAACAUAAAUUUUCAACUCUUCACACAUAUCCUUCUUUUUGAUUUAGUGUUUAGGUCUGGAUUUGGACUGGGGUAUUCGUACACAUGGAUAUGCUUUGACGUAAACCCUUUGUUGCAGCUCUGGUUGUAGAUUUAGGGUUGUGGAACUUCUGGGAGAUGCACAUCCCAUCCCAGUCUUAAGUAUUUUUUCGGCCUCUUGGAUUUUCUUCUGGGCCUGCCUUGUAUUUGUCACCAUCCAUCUUCCCAACAACUCAGACCAGCUUCUCUGUAUUUGGUAAGAUUCCCACAGCACGAUGCUACCAUUGUAUCAUUUCACCGUGGACAUGGUGUGUUCAGGUUGACGUGUUGUUUUAGUUUCCUGCCACAUAUGGCAUUGAAAAAAAAAUCUAAUUCAAUCCGAUUUGACCAGAGGCCCCUUCUUCUACGUUUGUUCAGUGUUUGUGCUGCUUCCAGAGACAAGACCUCUUAUGGCUUUCUUUAAAGGAUAAUGUUAUUUUUGCCAUCCUGCAAUCUUCUCCUGAAAGCAGCUGGUUGAACUGGAUUUUAUUUAUGGGUAUCGGCGUAAAUGGGGCUGAACUGUAGGCCAAACGUUUUAGGUUGUCAUUCAUAAACAGAAAUGGACAAAAUCAAAUAAUCUUCCUUCUGCUUCACGUUUAUGGAUUUCUUUGUGUUGGUCUGUCACGCAGAAUUUCAUAAAAACACACUGAUGUCUGUGGUUGUCACGUGACAAAGUUUGAAAAAGCUCAGGGGGCAGGUAUACAUUUGCAGGGACUUUAUUAUUUCAAAUAAAAUUUUUGAUAAAGGUUUUCUGAGGGUGAAAUGCACAAUGAUGUAAAGACAUUCUAACACAGCAGCACCCUUACUGAAAAGUGACCACAUGCAGCUUACUGCUUAAAUCCCAGGUAAAUAAACAAACAAUACUGUAUUUCCUCUUUUCCAGAGUUAUGACUUACUGAAUAAUGGUAUGAAUACUGACAGUUAUUAGAAGAUGCAGUUGGGAG